UGAAUAAAAACACAGAUCGGUAAAUAAAUACAAAAAAAUCCUACUAACUAUAAAACGCAGUGCUAAAUAAAAACUCUUGUUUUAUCUAAAACAGUUACUAGGUUGUUGGAAACAACAAUUUUGUGUAUCUAUAUAACGAAACUAGUGUUACAUGUUGGUUGUGAAACGUGAAAAUGGGUAAAUUAAUACGUUAUGCUACUGCGGUUAUAAUAUUUGUUAUUGUGGGGCUUAUGCGGAUGUCCGAUAUAGAAAGUGAUAAUACAUUGAGGAGGAUAGCACGGGAGGUCCAUGGGGUUAAAACCGAACCUCCCACACCACUGGUGUUGAGUGCUGAUAAACAACGAAAAGUUGCUGAGAUGAUGCGUCAUGCAUGGAACAACUACAAGCUGUAUGCGUGGGGCAAGGAUGAGCUGAAGCCCAUGUCCAAACGUGCCCACCUGACCAGCAUAUCCAGGGGUGGCGAUCUUGGCACCACCAUUGUCGACAGCAUGGACACACUCUACCUCAUGGGCAUGAACGAUGAAUUCCAGGAAGGGAGGGACUGGAUAGCCAAUCAUUUCCAUAUCAAUGAUAUUGACAGAGAGCUGUCAGUGUUUGAAACAACAGUACACUUUGUGGGAGGGUUCCUGUCAUGUUAUGCGCUGACCGGCGACACGGUUUUUCGAGACAAAGCUGUAGAGGUGGCUGACGCUCUACUGCCCGCAUUCGACACGCCCACUGGCAUUCCAUAUCCACUCAUAAACCCUUCUAAUAAGGCACUUCGGCCAUAUUACUGGGCGGGCGGGAAUAGUAUACUAUCUGAAGUAGGAGCACUGCACAUGGAGUUCACUUACCUUAGUGAAAUUACGGGAAACAACAUUUACAGAGAGAAGGUGGCUCGCAUCCGUGAUUUGCUGCACAACGUACAAAAGCCGGACGGCCUCUAUCCCAAUUUCAUCAACCCCCGGAACGGACUGUGGGGCCAAAUGCAUAUAUCACUCGGCGCAUUGGGUGAUUCUUUUUACGAAUAUCUGCUGAAAGCGUGGCUUGUGACCAACAAUGAGGAUGAGCAGGCUCGCAUCAUGUUCGAUGAAGCGAUGCAGCCGGCACUUGAAAAAAUGCUGCGUACCUCAAAGUCAGGGCUAUCAUAUCUCGUUGAGAUUAGGUGGGGACGGUUGUAUGAAGAAAAAAUGGACCAUUUGGCUUGCUUUGCGGGGGGGAUGUUCGCAUUAGCGUCAACAACACUGCAGAACUCCUUGAGCGAUCGCUACAUGGAUGUGGCCAAGAAUCUCACGCAAACCUGUCACGAAGCCUACGAUCGCGCGGACACCAAACUGAGCCCCGAAACCUUCAGAUUUUCGGGUGAAGUGGAAGCGCGGGCGUUGAAGUACAGCGAGAAAAUGUAUUUAAUGCGGCCCGAUACCUUCGAGAGCUAUUUCAUCCUAUGGCGCCUCACCAAGGACCAAAAGUACCGCGAUUGGGGGUGGGAGGCUGUGCAGGCUCUGGAGAAGUAUUGCCGAGUUGAAGGUGGGUACACGGGAUUGCAAAACGUGUACCAGUCCAAGCCACUUGGGGACGACGUGCAGCAAAGCUGGUUCCUGGCUCAAACACUCAAGUAUUUGUACCUCCUGUUCUCCGAUGACAGCCUCCUGCCGCUGGACGAGUGGGUGUUCAACACCGAAGCUCAUCCCUUCCCGAUCAAGGACAAGAACCCGCUCUACCGCGCCGCCAUCAAGCCCGCAAUCGCGAUCCACGAAGACAACUCACUUUAAAAAAGCAACGCAAGCCGCGACUAAAAUUUUGUGAUUCGACUUAAUGCAGUGAAAUAAGACUAGUACAAAGUUGGCUCAAGGGUUUUCAAUCCGGGAUUUUUUUGUCAAAUAUGGACCUCGCUCUAGUCGCCUUUUUAAGGGUAAAAUGGACGCCGUUUUUGGAAAUGUGGUGCUCCAUUUUUCCAAAAACGGCGUCAUCAAAAUAUCUGCAUGUUCGUAAUUAUGACAGCUGAAAGCCCGAGUUGAGACCUCAAACCAGUUUUGACCCAUUCGGUAAAAGUUGGGUAGACAAAUAAGUUCGAUAUUUGAGUGCCAUACGAGCUCACUGAAAGAAACCUUAUGAAUCGCAUACUCAUUUGCAAUUCUUUAUUGAGACUUAAAAAUAUUCAAAAAAAAGUUACAAAUUAAAAUUUCUGCGUCCAGGCAGCCUUAC